ACGAGAGGAAGAGAGAAACACCAACUCGCCGCGACUCUGAACGCGCUGCACAUACAAACUAAAACGGGAGGACCGCUGCUCGUUUCACACCGUGGAUACUAUUACACAACUGCCGUCGUCUCCAAAUUCUGCCCGUGGGAUACUCUGGCUACAUCCUCCCUGCUGUAUAGUUUUAUUACCUCCUUUUAUAUCACCCCCUUUUUUCUUUGCCAUCUUUCUCUCCUCUCCACAUCUUUGAGCAUCUUCUCCUGCUCGCAAGUCUUCUUGCUUGCGUCGCUAACUUUUUUCCACCCGACUCCAUCCCACACAACCUCCUCCAUCGCCCACCAACCCCUCGGCAGUCCCCCCUAGACCUCUUUCUUUUUUUUAUUUAUUAUCGCAGUCUUUCUUGGAUCGGGCGGAACCUAUUCGGCCAGUCUACACGGGGCACUGCUACAUGGGGCGCACGGUCUCGCUCGGAAAAUGGUCUGCUGUAGGUCUCUAGGCGCCCCGCUGAACCUGUUGGGAUUGGAGUUGUCGGUGCGCGUCUGCGUCUCUUUCCCACCUCGCUUGUGCGGUCGGGGCCAGUGAGAGAUGGGUCUGUCCGUAGCGGUUCAGGCACCUCUCGAGGAGCCCCGACGACUGCGCCAGUGGAGCGGGACAGCGGGAAGCUGGCUCAGGAUCACCCUCGUCUCGUUUCUCGCCACCUUACCUGUGGAGCAGCUGCGCGCUUUCCCUUCCUCCCUCAGCGACUGCCAGACGCCGACCGGCUGGAACUGCUCCGGUUUCGAUGACCGGGACACAGACCUGUUCUUGUGCGACACAAACACAUGCAAGUUUGAUGGGGAAUGUCUAAGAAUUGGGAACAUGGUGACGUGCAUUUGCGAUUUCAAGUGCAACAAUGACUAUGCGCCCGUGUGUGGCUCCAACAAUAAGAACUACCAGAACGAGUGCUUCCUGCGCAGGGAUGCCUGUAAGCUGCAGUCUGAAGUACUUAUUGUGUCAGAAGGCGACUGUCCUGCUGAUGCUGGCUCAGGAUCAGGAGACGAUGGAGGAGAGGGCUCAGCUGAGACUGGGCUGAAGGAGACGUCCACCUGUGACAUUUGCCAGUUUGGGGCAGAGUGCGAUGUGGACGCAGAGGAUGUUUGGUGUGUCUGCAACAUCGACUGUUCCCACAUCAGCUUCAACCCAGUGUGCGCCUCUGAUGGUCGUUCCUAUGACAACCCCUGCCAGGUGAAGGAGGCAUCCUGUCAGAAGCAGGAGCGCAUCGAGGUCAAGUACCUGGGCCACUGCCACGAUGACAUAAUUGGGAACAAAGGCGGCGAUGGACACUUCGCACGAACCGACCCCACAGGGGAGAAAGAGGAGCCCAGGAACGGACUGGCCCGUGGCCUGUCCAUCCCCUGUCCAGAUCGCUAUAAAAACUAUUGUGUCCACGGAGAGUGUCAGUUCCCCAGCGUCCUGGCUCAGCCCUCCUGCAGCUGUCACUCGGGUUUCAGGGGCCCCCAUUGUGACAUAAAGGAGUACAACGUCCUCUAUGUGGUGCCAGGCUCCGGCAAACUGCACUAUGUCCUCAUCGCCUCUAUCAUCGGAGCACUCCAGGUGGUCAUCAUCUGUGUGGUGGUGCUCUGCAUUACCAGGAAGUGCCCACGGACCAACAGGAUCAACCGGCAGAAGCAGAACAAUGUCCACUUCAGUUCAGAGAAUACCAUGCGCGCCUCCACCCGACUUAUCUGAGCCCAGACGCACCAGACAGAGCCCCUCCCUCCAUGUUACGGAGCGCUGUGGCGUUAGAUGCCCCCCUUCCCC